ACGUCCUCCCAGAACGCGCUCUCCGCGCGCACCCGGCGAUCUCCAUGAUCACUGUGUCCACAGCUGAUCACGGGUGCCGAGAACCGGCAGUUGUCAGAGCAGGGAUCUGCACCAAUCAUCAGGGCACUGAUGAUCAGUGCCCUGAUGAUCGGUGCCCAGCAGUGCCACCCACCAGUUCCUCCCACCUGUGCCCAGCAGUACCACCCACUUGUGCCCAGCAGUGCCACCCACCUGUGCCCAGCAGUGCCCAUCAGUGCCGCCCACCUGUGCCUCCCACCAGUGCCCAGCAGUGCCACACACCUGUGCCCAGCAGUGCCACCCACCAGUGCCCCAGU